UUUGCCUGCUCAUUUUUGCAGCGGCCAGCCCCUGGAUCUGAGCCCACAGCUCCGGCUAUACCGAACCUUACUUUGUCGCGACGCUGCGCAUUGCCGCAUAAUUCCAUCUUCUUGCCACAGCCCAAAUCUCAGCAGCUCUAGACGCUCCGGCAUCGACUUAGACCAAAUCCAGAGUCGGUUUCACGCCACCGUCGAGCUGUGAUACAGUAGAGCGCCCCACCAUGGCGCUCUAGCGGCCCCCGAUGACCCCGCCCAGCAGUCUUUCGGCCCCUGCCGUCGCCACAUCAUUCAGAACGUUCCAAUGGAGCAACGGGACCGCGCCAACUCGCUCAGCUCCGACGACGACGUCGCCGCGGAGCUCUCGCAGCGCGCCGCUAUAAUAGCAAGAAAGGUCUGGUUCCUGCGCCACGCGCAAUCAUGCAGGGACCCGAGCCGCUGCCCCCUCGCGCCGUGCAAGCAAGCGUUCUUGCUCCUGGCCCACAUGCGCGCCUGCGGCGCCUUCCAGGAUCCCGAGCGGGGCUGCCGGGCGCCGGCCUGCCGCCGGGCCGCGCGAUUGUUACAUCAUCCUCGCAACUGCCGGCGGGCCUCGUGCGAGGUCUGCGCGAAGGCGCGCGCCGCGGGGCCCACGGGCGCCGGGCUCGUCGUGCCCAAGGACCUCGUGCAGGCGGCCGAUGUGUGCCCGCCGUGCACGCCGCCCCGCGCCCGGCCGCAGCACCUCGCGGCCGUCGUCGAGGAGGAGUCCUCGCCGCUCAAAAUCACGCCGCCGUCGCCGCCGUCCAUCAACCAGGAGGCCUAGGCGGAAAGAAGCCAACACCCCCCUCGCUCGCGGCGCGCCGCUCGAGCCGAAAAAACAAAACCAAACAUCAAAUCUCCCUCCGAGAAAAUGCUCCUGCGACGGAGCCCGAAAAUUCUGAAAUAAAUACCUUGUACUAUA